GUGAACAUAACCUAAAAUUUGUGACAUACGUAUUUAUUAUAUACUUUUAUUUAUAAAAUGUGUGUAUCGUACCAAUUUUAUUAUUAAUAAAUGACGUAAGAAAUUUUUCAAAAAUAGUUUUAAUUAAAUUAUAUUCACUAAAAGUUAAAAUGUAAACUAUAUAGAAAAAAAGUGAAAAAUUUCAGCAUUUGACGUUUUGAUAAGAAAAAGAAGAGAAGACGAGAGAUAUAUAUUUAUCAUCUUAAUGUCAAUCAACGUCAUUUAAUUUUCUCGAAUAAAAAAUGCAAAAAAUUCCAUCUAGAAAUACCGUUACACGUUUUUAUGUUGAAUUUAAACAUUUGAUUUUCUAAAUAAAAUUCAGUGAAAACAUAAUUACAAUUUUCUAUUUUUAAAUAAAUCUUUGAUCCAACAUAUAUUCACAUUUUGACAUUUGAUGUAUUAUAUAUUGUAAGUGUCUCAAGUUUGGAGAAAUCAAUUAUUUAUUUUUGCAUAAUAAUAAGCAGUGAUGUUUGAUUUAUCACAUUCGUCCUCUGAUGAGGCUCAGGUCGACUCCGGACAUGUCGAAAGUGAUAAACGUAAAUCCAAUCGUAGGGGACGAAGAUCGAACAGUAAUUUUGCCGAGACAAAUCGACCAUCAGGUUCCGAUGGCACACGACGUGAAGAGAAUCCUUUUAGUUUUAAACAUUUUUUAAAAAAUGAUUCACAAACAAAUUAUCAAUAUGCUGGUGCAAGACCAAAAGUAUAUACAGUUCAUUCAUCGAAUAAUAAUUCUGUUGGCCACGAGAGAGAAGCUGGACUUUAUCCGUGCAAUCCCACUGAAUUACCCGAUUUUGUUCAAGAUCAUUUAGUAAUUGAACAAUGUUAUGUGGAUCACGAUAGAAUUACAUCACCCGCUACUGAUGUGGAUAAUUUACCUGAUUUUGCAUUAAACAGUAUGGAGAGGCGACAAAAUCAUCGUCAUUCAAAUGAUAUAAAAAAGCACAUUAAUGAUUGUGGAGAGAAAAAUUUUUCCUUCGAUCUUGCCGAUAAUUUAGAGAGAAGAAGUAGAAAUAAUAUUUCAACAAAUUCUUUACAUCCAGAUCCUUUGGAUUUGCCAAAUUUUAAUAGCAGUGAAAAUGCCAGUGGAUCUGAUUCCAGAAAUUUUCCACUUGAUCUACAAAUACCACCAGAUGAAUCGAAUGAUGUUCUUGUGAAUGGUCAAUCUAAUGGAGUUUCAAAUAUUGUUAAAUCGUUACCAGACUUUUUAAACGAUGGUCCCAUUCGAAAUACUGGUGCAGUUUCUAACGAUAGGCUUGAUUCGUAUGCAAAUGAUUCUACAGAACUCAGGUUAACUUUGGAAAAUGAGAGAUUAAAUCGUGAAUUAGAAAUUGCACGAAGACAAGCUAGUGAAAGGGCAUCGAGAAUAAAAGUGUUGGAAAACCAAUUACUGUCAAGAAGACAAGAAGAUCAUGAAGAGACAGUGAAUCUUGAAAAGGCUAUGGAAAAAGUGGAAGAUAAUUUAAAACGCAGUACAAAGCGAGCAGUUCUUGCAGAGAGUAUGUUAGUAGUUGUAAAGAAAGAAAUCGUAGAUUUGACUAAUGAAAUUUCACUGCUGCGUGCAGAAAAUCGAGAAUUACGAGCAGCCAUUGAAGGUGGAUGUAGUAAUUGUAAUAGUUCUUGUGCUGAUGGAAGAAUAAAACGAUUGGCUAGUGAAUUACGUACUGCAGCCUCUACAGCAGAAGUUUCUCUAAGACAACUGAUGUCCGGUGUUGGAAAUUUAAGAGUAUUAGCAUCGGCAUUAGAAAAUGUUAAUAGGAUAGAGGAUAGAACCAAAGAUUUCUUGCCAGAUUCUGAUGACGACAACGCAACUGGACCAGCGUUGUAAAAAGAAAUCUAAUUUAAGUUGCGUAUGACAAAAAAAAAUUGUGACAACCUAGUUUCUUUUAUUUGAUUUUAAAAUCUUUUUAUUCCAUCAUUGUAAUAAUCUAUGAUCAUUCUUUAAAGAAAAAGAUCAUCGAAACAAAUUGAAAUCUAUUUUAAUAAUUUUAUUUUUAACAAUAUUUUUUUUGUACAUAUUAACAUAGAAUUGUUUCUUGCACUUGUAUAAAAUCGUAGGCAAUUUUUUAAUACCGAUUAUAUUUAAAACAAAAUAUUUAAUUUCAAAUUCGGUUAUUGACAUUUAUGAGAAAUAUGAAAUCUUUCUGGAGAAUGAUGUGAAAAUUAAUCUUUCAAGAAUAUUAUCACAAAUAAUUUUUGUAUAUCUCUAUUUAAAUUUCUAUAUAUUCUAUAUAUAUAUAUAUGUAUGUAUGUAUGUAUGUAUGUAUGUAUGUAUGUAUUUCAAGUUUCCAAUAAUAUUAAAAGUGAAACGAAAUUUUGCAAAUUUUUUUUGUUUUAAUAAUAAUAAUUCAUCAAUAAAAUUGAUGAAAUAAAUUCAGUGAAUAUUUCGAUAUACAAUAUAAAUAUAUAUGAAAAACAUAAAUUGAAAAUUAAAUUUAAAAAAAAAAUGAAAGAAAAAGUUUCGGUCAUUUAUAUAUAAUAUAAAUUUAAGAUUUGAUUAUUUAUAUUCACAUACAGUUGACAGUGUAAGUGUUUUGUAUUAGUAGCAUAACUCUGUGAUCAAUAAAAAUUGGUAAAUAAAUGCGAUUGCUGUCAAUAUAUUUAAAUAAAUUUUUAAUUAAUAAUAAUGGAGAUAAACACACUUUGUACUUUGUCAUGGAAAAAUAUUUAUAUAUUUAAAACU